ACAUUGGCGACGGGGCUUGGGCUGCUGGAAACUGGGCUGUCCCUACCGACCUGAAGACCGACCGGGAGCUGGGCCGGCGCUGCAAUGACCAUUUGCCAGUUUUUCCUUCAAGGCCGGUGCCGCUUCGGAGACCGCUGCUGGAACCGCAGGCGGCGCCCUCAGGAAGUAACAGGCGUGGGUGGAAUGCCAACAGCCAGAGAUACUCCAAUGUCAUCCAGCCAUCCAGCUUCUCCAAGUCUACACCAUGGGGUGGCAGCAGAGAUCAAGACAAACCAUUUUUCGGCUCUUUUGACUCUGGGCCUUCCACGAGCAGAGGCUUUGGAUCGCCGCCUCAAAAUCCUUUUGCUUCACCUGUCUCUGAUGAGCAGAAAGAUGAAAAGAAACUUCUGGAAGGAAUUGUUAAAGAUGUAGAGAUUUGGGAAUCAUCGGGGCAAUGGAUGUUUUCUGUUUUUUCGCCAGUGAAAAAGAAGCCUAACAUUUCAGGUUUCACAGACAUUUCACCAGAAGAGUUGAGGCUUGAAUACCAUAACUUCUUAACCAGCAAUAACUUACAGAGCUAUCUAAAUUCUGUUCAACAGCUAGUAAGUCAGUGGAAGAAUAGGAUUAAUGAACUGAAAAAUUUAAAUAUGUCAACCAAAGGAGCUCUGCUGUCUGAUAUAAAGGAUGGAGCCAGUCAAGCAGUGCCCCCUGCGUUUGGAUUUGGAAGUAAGCAAUCAGGGACAUUUGGGUCAUCAGGUUUUCCAGUGAAUAACAGCAGCAGCAAUAAUGUUCAGAACUUUAGUUUUAAAACAAGCUCUGGAUUUUCCACUGCCCCGUCUGGAAGCACGUCUGCGUUUGGGAGUCACCCAGCCUUUGGUGCUGGGCCCUCUGCUGGCUCUGCCAUCGCUUCCUCCGCUCCAGCCUUUGGAUUUAGGAAACCUGAAGCCACAUCUGCUGCUUCGUUUUCGUUCAAGAGCCCUGACACUUCCAGUUUUGGAUCACCUGGGUUUUCAGGGUUUCCAGCUUCCUUGGCAGUGAGUCCUUUUGGCCAUGCAAUGGCCCCUGCCUUCGGAAGUGGCAGUUCUGUGCCUGGUUUUGGUAGUCCUGGCCCACAGUCUCAGACUGUGUUUGCCAAACCUUCUAAUGACAUGUUUGGAGGUAGUAGCAUGUCGGCCUCCCUCCCCGUCUCUGCCACAAAUAAUGUACUGUUCACACCCAGGGAUCAGCUGACUAAAGAGGAGCUGGAGCAGUUUCAGUCCCAGAAAUUUACUCUGGGAAAAAUCCCAUUGAAGCCACCACCUGUGGAGCUUCUGACUGUAUAAAAGGGCAGUUUCAAAUACAGAAAAGAACGGCUUUAGCCAGGCUUGUGGUGCGUGCCUGUAGUCUGGGAGGCUGAGAGAAGGAAUGCCACAAACUCAGGGCCAGCUUGGACUGCACAGAGUAAGUAAUAAACCACCCAGGUCUGUGUGAGACCCUCCAAGAAAAAGAUCUGAAUGGUUUUUAAAGAAUGUUUUUCUAGUGCUGGGCAUCACUAGGCCCUUACACAUGCAAGUUCUCACUGAGCCUUACUCCAACCCUAAAUAUGAAUUUUAAGAUUGUCUUGGGUGAUUGAUAUGCAUAUAUGAGGAAUGUAAGCUUUUAGUAAUUUGAUGGAUUUUCAAGGUUAACAUUUUUUUUGAAAACCUAGCUAAAUAAAGCACAGCCAAAAAUCUCAGUAAGCAAGGGAAACCUUUUGUACUGCUAUUAUGAGUGGAACUGAAAAGUAUAGUGUACUGAAUAAAGUAGUUUUUUCAUUCUA